CAAGAGACGACGAUCUAGCUCUGUAACCCACAGAAAAAUUGAUCAGUCUCCGUCGAUCUCGCUUGGAUAACCACCUAUUUGGACAGAUCCAAACAGCAGUUUGUUGUAGGUUGAUACAGCAGACAGCGCUCCCGAGGUACGGGUGUGUUUACCCAGGGCCGAAAGACUGCGGAUCCGGACCCGUGUAAUUCGGUGACGUGUGACCGCAAGCUCCCCCAAUGCCAGCCAAGACGACGUCCGUGAACACGAAGAACCACCCUCCCAACCCACAAGCCCUCCUUACUCCAGGACCCGACAUUGCUUACCGUCGUCUGUAGCUCGCGGGGUAGUUUUGCUGACCAAAUUGAAGGUGACAACUGGCAGAGCUUUUUCCAAUAGCUUGAGAUACCCUUCCUCGAAGUUUUCUUGAUACCAGAAGCUAUACCUCUUCAAAAACUUUUGAAACAUCAUCAACCAAAGACACAAACCACACAAGAUGCAGAACCAACGUAUCAUCUCUUGCGAAAGACCUGCCCACGACCAUGUGGAGCGCUGUGGUUAUUUGUUCGGAUGGCCCAUCAACCACUCAAUGUCGCCAUUGAUGCACAAAACCAUCUUUGGCGAGAUUGGGCUCAACUGGGAGCAAUUCUUCCUACCUUCAACCGAUAUGUCGAUGUUCCUAUCAUUAGUCCGCGAGGACAAAUUCCUUGGCGCCUCCGUUACCAUGCCCCACAAAGUGGCCAUCAUGAAGCACGUGGACGAACUCACACAGGAAGGCCGUGAAGUCGGUGCUGUCAACACAUUAUACCUCCGCAAGCACGGUGACAAGCGAAUCCUCGUCGGUACGAACACAGACGUUAUCGGCAUCCGCGAAGCCUUUUACCAGAACAUCUCGAAUCCGGACGAAGUCUUCCACGGCCGACCAGGUAUGGUUGUUGGUGGUGGUGGUGCAGCUCGCAGUGCUGUCUACGCGCUCAAGAAGUUUAUGAAGUGUAGCAAGGUGUACGUUGUCAACCGUGACAAGGCUGAGGUGGAUGCUGUCGUAUCUUGGUGUACAGAGCAAGGCUAUGGUGAUGGUGUGAUUCACACUGCUACUGUCGAGCAGGCAGAAGAGCUCGAAGGUCCUGGUGCCAUCGUAUCUUGCGUACCCGACUUCCCUCCUGUCACUGAAGCUGAGCAGACCGCUCGCAAGGUCCUGGAAAUCUUCUUGGGCAAGCCUCACAAGGGUGCAAUCUUGGAGAUGUGCUACCAUCCCAACCCACACACCGAGAUUGCUGAGAUUUCGAAGAAUGCUGGAUGGAACGUCAUCUUGGGAACAGAGGCCAUGAUCUACCAAGGUCUGGAGCAGUCGAUGUAUUGGACGGGCAAGACACUGGACCAGCUGCCAGUCGCUAAAGUCAAAGAAGUGAUUGCAGCGCAGUUGGCCAAGGGUCAUUGAUGAUAUGCGACUGGGGUUGUGAACAGACUUGCAGUCCUCCAAGACACGGUGCCGGUUGCGAAAGUGCGUUUCAUGUAUAUAAAAUACUUUUAUGGCAGCUUCAUUGUGUACAAUCCGUGUGAUCGAGGCGACCGUCCAGAAAAUAAGCUGUACAUCUCCGGAGAAUGGUCUCAGAGACAGCAUUAGCGCUCACGAAUGAGAUGUCCGGAACUGAGGCGAUAUUCACAUGUCACAUAGAGGUGCCAUUAUGG